AGGAAUCGCCACUGACCCAGACGGAACACUGGAAACAACUGGCCGACUCUGUGAAAGAUGCUGAUUGUGUCUUGCAGGAGGCUAUCAACGCCCAACAUGACCAUCUCAUCAUGGAAAUCGAAACGUCUGAUGGUCCGUUAGCAACGAAUCUAAGGGCUGUAUAUGAAAGUGAUGAGUUGAGCAGGUUCAUGGGCCGCCUGGAUUCUCGUAUCAAGAACCAUGACAAGGAAAUUGAACGCAUGUGUAACUAUCAUUAUCAGGGAUUCAUAGAUUCCAUCCGGGAACUGCUGCAGGUUGGAAGUGAUGCCGAAAAACUAAAGGACGAAAUAGCCAGUACUGAUCGUGAAGUGCAGGCUUCAAGUAGACCUCUCUUGUCCAAGGGUGAAGAGCUGAUUAGGUGUAGAAAAAUUCAGAAAAAUAUUGCAUCUGCAAUUGAGAGUAUUUCUUUGUGUUUACCAGUUUUAGAAAUGUAUGGAAAACUAAGAGAGCAGAUGCAUCAUCAUCGGUACUAUCCAGCAUUGAAAACGUUAGAACAAUUAGAGCACACUUAUUUGCCACGUGUUAGUCGUUACUGGUUCUCCCAGACCAUGGCUGAUACAAUACCAAAGCUACGAGAGAGUAUCAAGGCUGCCUCAAUGUCGGAGCUUAAAGAUUUCCUUGAAAAUAUUCGUAAGCACUCCACAAGGAUUGGGGAAACUGCUAUGAGACAUGCUGCUGAACAGAACAACCUAGACCCAGAUCUGGCCAAGAAAAAGAGGAAAAGGAAAGCUCCUGCACCACCCAACCCAUUCACAGGGGAGGUGGAGGAAGAGAAAACAGCUAACCCAUUUGAUGGAGAGCCAGGAUCUGAUGAGGAGACAGAGGAGGAACUUAGUGCACAGGACAUGGUGGAUUUCUCUCCUGUCUACAGAUGUCUACACAUUUAUUCUGUUCUGGGAGCAAGAGAAACGUUCGAAACUUACUACAGAAAACAAAGGAAAAUCCAAGCCAAGUUAUCAUUGCAAGCUCCGCAAAAUAUGCAUGAAACUUUAGAUGGGUACAAGCGAUACUUCCAUGAUAUCAUUGGGUUUUUUGUGGUAGAAGACCACAUUUUACAUACAACAGCUGGUCUUGUGAAUCGGUCAAACAUGGAUGAACUGUGGGAAAUGGCUGUGACUAAAAUAGUAGGAGAACUGCACAAAAGCUCGGCACUCUGUAAAGAUGACGAAAUGAUGCUACAGAUCAAAAACCUCAUAGUUUUAUUUUGUCACACUCUGCGUGGCUAUGGCUUCAGUGUGGGACAGUUGUCAGACUUACUGCUGGAAAUAAGGGACAAGUACAACGAAAUAUUGAUGCAGAAGUGGUCUGGUGUGUUUGAUGGGAUAUUUAAUGAGGACAAUUACACACCAAUCUAUGUCCGGGAUGCAGAGGAGUGUGUGGCCAUCAUGGAUGGCUUCCCUCUCAGGGGUGAAGCUGACAAUGAUAAGGUACCAUACCCUAAAGGAUUCCCAUACUCUGAAUUUGUGCCAAAGAUCUAUAGUGAAGUCAAGAAGUAUAUACAGGGUUGUCUCAAGUUCUCAGAGGAUCUUCAUCUUAGCCAUACAGAAAUUGAUGACAUGAUCCGGAAAUCUGCAAAUAUGUUGUUAACAAAGACACUGAGUGGUUGUCUCUCCAAGUUGAUCAGGCGACCGAACCUGACUCUAUUGCAGUUGAUCCAAAUAUCAAUUAACAUGAACUACCUUGAGAAGUCCUGCGCAUAUUUGGAAGACUUCAUCUCCAGUAUCACAGGGGCGGAGAAGGACAGUGUUCAUGUGGCUAAAUUACACGGAACUUCAAUGUUUAAAGAUGCAAAGAAUGAAGCAGAGGAACAAAUUUAUAAGCAGCUGAAUAACAAAAUUGAUGAAUUUUUAGAACUAGCCAGUUAUGACUGGUUAUUAGUAGACCCCAAGGGCCAUGCCAGUGGAUACCUCAUGGAUCUUAUUGCCUUCUUACAGAGUACCUUUAUGUCCUUCACCAAUCUCCCGGACAAAGUUGCCAAAACAGCAUGCAUGUCAUCGUGUAAGCAUAUUUCCACCAGCUUGAUGCAAUUCCUCCUGGACAACGAUAUGAAGCAGAUUUCCAUGGGUGCUCUACAGCAGUUUAACCUAGAUCUGAUGCAGUGUGAACAAUUUGCAGCCUCUGAGCCUGUACCUGGGUUUAAUGAUGGCACCUUACAACUCGCCUUUUCUGAUCUUAGACAGCUGUUGGAUCUGUUUCUGAACUGGGACUGGUCAGUGUAUUUAGCAGACUAUGGCCAGCCUAACCACAAAUACAUCCGGGUGACUCCCCACACAGCCAUUACCAUUCUGGAAAAAUUGAAUAAUGCUGACAAGAAGAAAAACAACUUGUUUGCAUGGAAGGGUAAAAACGAGAGAGACAAGAAGAAGUUACUGGACACUGUGUUAAAACAGCUGAGAGGCUUGGUAAAUGGAACUGCCCCUCAUAGUUGAACAUUUUAACAGGAUUCCAAUCACAGAGAGCUUUCGAUGCGCUUUAGCUUAUGUAACUGUUAUUUUGCGGUCAGAAUUGCUGAAAAGAUUUCCUCGCGUUGGUUGAGUUUGCAUCACACAUUUAAGAAAUUGUUCUGUUUAGGAGUUUCUGUGGCAAACUGGUGCUAAUUUGUCAGCUUACCGAUGAGGACAAGAAGGCAUUUGUAUUUCUUCGUAACUUCAUUGAAUAGUCUCUCAACACUGUUGUAUUUUAUUUUGUUAUAGUAUCUUAUUUAAUUUUCUUUUUAUAUUAGUUUGAACAUUUGCUUAUCAUGGCCUAGUAUAUAGCUCAUUUUUGUGGGGGGAUUGUUCAGCUUAUGUUUACCUAUAUAAAUGUGAUAUACGAACAACCUGCAGAGCAGUAGACUGUGAUCGGGUACGAAUGUAUAAAUUGUCUCCCCUUGGUAAGUGUUUGUGAAAAAGGAGUUUCAAAUGGUUGUUCUUUCUUUUUUUCAAGAAAAAUAAAUAAAUAAAACAAAAUCUGUCCACCACUAGAUACAUAACAAAAGCAAACAAUGUACCAUUUGCACUACAUUUUUAACUUUAAACUUUGCUCUCUGUCUUACUAUAUAUGUGCAUCAAUAUAACAUCCUUUAUAUGAAGAUUGAACAACUUUAGUAAAUCCAUAGGGGCAAAUAUUUAUUGCAUAAAUGAAAAAAUGGCUUACUGUACUUACGUUCCAGCAUUCAUGUCACUAUAGUCAUUUUAGCCUGUUGCAGCUUUCAUUAGAGAACUGUUCGUCUUCAGCUAUUACCAAUGGUAUGUGCAGCUUUUUUUUUUUUGGGAAAAGAUGAACUCGCCACUUCUCGUUUUCUAUUUCAUCUAUAAACACUUUUACACGUGGAAACGUUGUAGAAUAUCACUGGUUUUACAAGUUUAUCUGACAGUUCAAAGUAGUCAAGUGCCAGUAUUACACUCUAACUUAUUACAAAUAUAAUGAUUUUGGGACUAUGUGAGAGGACUUUGAUGUUUGCAAAUUUCAGGCCAGGGAUUAUUGUGGUGUUUUAUGUGUGAUGUCUGCAUGCUGGCAUGCGAAGCUUUAAUUGAGGUCUUCAACACAGCAAUACAGGAUGUUUUAUGCUCCCAAGCCUUGUGAUUUGCAGGGUUGUUAUCAAAGAACAUAGCAAUUGAGAACUCCUGAAGACGUCUUAUCAGUGCUAAUUUUAAUGUAUGCUGCCAGAUUUGUAAAUAGUGUGAAUUUUAUUCUGUCACAAUGAUGCAAUGUUAAGAAAUAACUCUUACCAUGAAGUUUUUGAGUGAACCCAUGGUUCCCAUUCAUAUGUUCACCCAUUCACCUGAAAGAACCCCCGUUGUCUUGUCCUAUAACGUUCCUCACAAGGGAUGAUUAAGUGUGCACACGAAUCUAGGUGUUAAAAUUGUCCAUUAUCUGUGUUAGGUAAGGUUAAUUCAUCGUGAUAUGAAAAAUGGUAUUAAACUAUGAAAAUAAGUUUCCGAAAGAGUCCAUGAAAUUUUAUGUAACUUGGUGCUACUGUUGAGU